AUGGAGCCAGACAUCAUUCGAAUGUACUCUUCAUCCCCACCACCACUAGACAAUGGAGCUGAGGAUGAUGAUGACGAUGAAUUUGGGGAAUUUGGUGGGUUUUCAGAAGUUAGUCCUUCUGGUGUAGGGUUUGUUGAUUUUGACACACCAGACUAUACUCGUCCCAAGGAAGAGUUUGUACCUUCAAACCAUUUUAUGCCGAUUCAUGAUUUCUCAGCAAAUGUAGAUAGCCUUACAAGCUUUAAGCCCAUUAAAAAUGGUGAUAAUAAGCACGACCCUCCAGAGUUUUCUGCUCCUGUGAAAGGACAUUCUGAUGAUUUACUUUCUGCCACCAGCAAAGAAAUAAUUUCAUCUAAAACUUUAGAUACUUCCAUUGAUGGCAUGGAAAGUCCAGGAGAUUUAAAUAAAGCAGUGGAGCAGAGACAGAAUUUUGGAAAACCUGAAAGUUUCUCUCCAGGAGAUUUUAGAACUGAUGUGAGUAUUGUUCAUCAAAACAAGCAGUUAGAGAGCUGCAAUGGUGAAAAGCUUCCUUGUCUGGAGAUUCUGACUAAUGGGUUUGCAGUAUUGGAAACUGUAAAUCCUCGGGGAACAGAUGAUCUGGACACUGUAGCUGUUUCAAAGGGACUAAAGCCUCUUAGCACUCAUAGCACUGAGUAUACUUUAGACUCUGCACCUAGUCCUGCUGAGGAAUUUGCAGAUUUUGCCACAUUUUCCAAAAAGGAAAGGAUACAACUAGAAGAAAUAGGAUGUACAGUUUUAAAUGAUAAAAAAAUACUAACUAUUCAAGAAAACAAUAAAAUUAACAGAAUCAAUGAACUGAAUUCUGUGAAAGAAUUGUCUUUGGAUAGACGCUUUGACAACAAAGGAGGCUCUGAUGGAGAAGAUCAGGUUUGUGUUUCAGAAAUAAGUGUAGUGAAUAACAGAGGUUUCAGUAUUGAGAAACAAGGCCCUACAACACCGCAACAGGAUGAAAUUUUAAAUUCAAGUGUCCCAUCAAAUGCUUGGAGUUUCAUCGGCACAGCUGAUAAUUCAGAAGCCAGUAGGAGAGAACAAUGUAAAACUGAAGAAGAACUUGAUUUAUUUACUUCUAAAUGUGGUGACCUGUGCGUGGAUUAUAUUAAAACUAAUGAUGCUGAUAGUGAAGUUGAUUCUUCCAAAGAAGAAAUUAUUUCCCAAAGCCCCAGCAUCAAUCCAACAGAAGAAAAUGUUAUAGAUGAUUCUAUAAGUAUGAAAAAUGGCGAUAGUAGUAAUGACUUUGUGAGUUGCAAUGAUACAAAUGAGGAUGAUUUUGGUGACUUUGGCACAGCCAGUGGCACAACUCCACCGUUUGCGACUGGCAUGCAAGAUUCAAUGAGCGAUGUCACUUUUGAAGAGUCCUCAGAACACUUUGCACAUUUUAGUGAACCAGGUGAUGACUUUGGAGAAUUUGGGGAUACGAAUACUAUUUCUUGCCAAGAAGAAAUUAUGUUUACUGAGUCAGACCUAAAACAGACUUCUGAUGGUUUAUCAGAGGAAUGUCAAUUGGCAAGGAAGUCUAGUGGGACAGGCAUUGAGCCUGUUUCAAAACUGAAAAAUGGGCAAGAAGGUGAGUUUGGAGAUUUUGAUUCUAUGCCAGAUACUCAAGAUGGCUGCAGUACUUUUCAAGACUCUGAUGAUUUUGCAGACUUUAGUUCAGCUGGUCCUAGUCAGGUUGCAGACUGGAACGCUUUUGAGGAUGGAGAGAAAGAGAGUUGCUCGUGGGCUGCUUUUGGAGACCAGCAAGUUACUGUGUCCCAUCAUCGAAAGGAGGCUUGGCAGUCACAUAGGACAGAUGAAAAUGUCAAUACUCCAGGAGCCCCCAAAACUCAGAGUGUCCCUUUAGCAACUUCCAGAGGAGCAGUUACUACUGGCCAUUUACAGGAAUCAGCCACUUCAGUUCAGACAGCUUUACUAAACCGCCUGGAGCGAAUUUUUGAAGGAUGUUUUCCUUCUAUAUCUGUCCCUGAUGCUGAAGAGGAAGUUACUUCUCUGAAGCACUUGCUGGAAACAAGCACCUUGCCAAUAAAAACAAGAGAGGCCUUAGCUGAAAGUGGGGAACUGCUGGAUGUGUGGGCUGAGCUUCAGGAUAUCCACGAUGCACAUGGCUUGCGAUAUCAGUGGGGCGGUUCCCAUAGUAACAAGAAGCUUUUGUGCUCUUUGGGAAUAGACACCCGAAACAUUCUCUUCACGGGCAAUAAGAAGCAGCCUGUUAUAGUGCCCAUGUAUGCAGCAGGAUUGGGUAUGUUAGAACCCACCAAGGAACCAUUGAAACCACUAUCUGCUGCAGAAAAAAUAGCUUCCAUCGGUCAGACAACCACCAUGUCACCAGAGAUGAACACAUGUACAUCUGAUCAAUUCCAGGAGUCUCUACCACCCGUCCAGUUUGACUGGAGUAGCAGUGGCCUUACUAACCCUUUAGAUGGUGUGGAUCCAGAGUUGUAUGAGUUAACAACUUCUAAGCUGGAAAUCUCCACCUCAAGCCUCAAAGUGACUGAUACAUUUGCGAGACUCAUGUCCACAGUAGAGAAGACAAGCACAUCUACCAGGAAACCUAAAAGAGAAGAGCAUUUAAGUGAGGAAGCCAUCAAGGUGAUUGCCAGCCUUCCUGACUUAACGUUCAUGCAUGCCAAGGUGUUGAUGUUCCCAGCCACUUUAACACCUUCCACAAGCUCCCAAGAGAAGACAGACUGCUAACUGAUGUGAACUGGGCAGUUUCAAUUGGUUUUCCUUUUCUCCAUCCCUUCCCCACCAUCAAAAGCAUACCUGCUGUAAUUAAAAACAAAUAAAAGACUCCAAGUUCAGCUGAUUUGUUGGUAAGCCUCACUAGAAAGGUAUACAUAGUAAUGUAUAUUUAUUUACAUACUGAAGUCCUAAAUUUAUAUUAGACAAAAAUGUAAAUAAUCAGGGGUGAACAUUUUUGAAGAAUUUAUUCUUUUUGUGUUGCUGGGGUGUAUACAUUUAUGUCUUUGUGAAAAACACUGGUGGUGUCCUUCUUACGAAACUUUUGAAAUAAAAAAAAAAGAAAAUUAAAAACUCCAAUCUCCAUUGUCUGCGAAAUCCCCUUCAGUCUUCUCAGAUUGCAUUGAGUGUCCUAUUAAUUUUUCAUACCAUUUGUUGAAUUUUUGGUAUCAUAAAGAGGUUCGAAAGUCCCUGUUUGAGUUUUUUUCUUUUUGUGCUAGUGGGUUUGUUUCAGAUUUGGCUUUGGUUAACGUUUUUGGGCUCUUUUUUAAUCUUUUCAAUCUGGCAUAUUGCUGCUUGACCUUUUACAAGGUACUUUCAUUGAUUGGUCUUUUGUUAUAGGGUGUGUAUGGAUCAUUGUCAGAACUUGAUUGGAGGGGUUUAAAGAGAUUGUGUCUGUUUUAAAUUAGUUUUAUUUGGAGAAGGACCAAAUUAUAUGAAUGUCUUACAAUGAAAAUUUGUUACUGAUUUUUUUGUUGUUCUAUUGUACCACUAUUUUUUGAGGAUUUUGCACAGUGUAAAAUGACAUAAUCAUAGAUUGCUAUGGUUUAGGCUGUAUAUACACAGUAAAAACUAUGGGUUUUAAAUGUUUGGGGAAAUUCCUAUGGAAAAAAGAGAGACAUGUAGAAGAACCUCUAACAAGGUUAAUGUGCAUGCAAAGGUCUUUGGAGAUUCCAGUGUGUAAAUUUCCUUUUAGCUUACACAGAAAUAAAAUAAUUUAAAAG